CUUGUGUACCAGGCGUCACCGCGAUUUCAUCACACAAUCGUCUCCUCUAGUGAUCGAAAUGUCAUAUCUCUUCAAAUAACGACGUCGGAUUAAACAAACAAGCUUUUCUGAGGCUCCGCACCCAUUGCUUGGGAGCUGACCCUUUCAGCUGGGGUACACAUCUUGGCAUCUCAAACCCAGCGCAACCACUACGAUGCUUGACUCUAUCACAUCUCGCUGGAAAGAUCUUCGCGAGGAGCAUCCGCGCCUUGAUGCGGUCGCCACGCAGGCUGGGAGGCUGGUACCGCCCAUCAAUUUCAUAACCAUUCACUACGCCUAUUUCAUCUUCGGAUCCCUCUUCUUCUCACUUAUCUUCUGGCUAUCCAGCGAGCCAAGCCAGAGUAUCCCCUACGUCGAUUGUCUGUUCCUGGUUGUGUCUUCUUUUUGCGAUACAGGCCUCAAUACCGUCAAUCUUUCCGAAAUCACGACAUGGCAGCAGGUUCUGCUAUAUCUUCUUUUCAUCAUUGGAAGUGCUCUAUGGGUUUCAUUCUGGACGGUCAUGACACGAAAGCAGGCGUUUGAGAAGCGUUUUGAGGAUAUCGUCAGGAUAGAACGAGAAGCGAGGAAACGGCGGGCCGCAUUGAGACGCGCCAAACCACUUGGGAGAUUCCUCCCUUUCACUAAAGCGAGGACAACACCUGUAUCAACCGAGACUUCUAAUACCCUGACUGGUCUUGGAACGGUUCAGAGGACAGCGACUGAGAAACCUGACCCCAACGACUUGUUCAAGACAACUGCUCCUAUGCGCCGCGCCGUUACUGCCCCUCCAGAUUCUAUCUCCGACUCAGACGACAAUGAUAGCAAUACGACGCAGGUGGCAGCUCCUGCACGGAAUGCCCCUAUGACUCCAAACUCCGGCGACCAUAUCCAAUUCGCAGACACCUUGUCGCCCCGAAGCGCCGGCAGAGACAGCGUGUCCAUCUAUCGACGAAACGAGAACGUGGAACCCAACCGACGACCUUCAACCUCAGACUCAGUCAACAGCGACGAAUCAGAAGACUUUCUUCUGCACUGGAAGAAGAUCCUCGGGAGUCACAACACAAGCAAGAGAGGCCAAUUCUACGAUCUAUCAUCCGAUGAACGUGAGGCUUUGGGUGGCUGUGAGUAUCGCGCGCUGAAGAUCUUGGCCGUCACUGUUCCUCUUUACGCCUUCAUGUGGCAAGCUGUAUGUGGAAUUGCACUGGGUGCUUGGAUCAGCAUCAACCGGCCGUCGGCGGCAACCGUCAAUGCUAUCAACCCCUGGUGGUGCGGAAUCUUCUUGUCGUCUUCGGCAUUUAACAAUGCCGGCAUGUCACUCAAUGACGCAGGCAUGGGUGCAUUUCAGGAUGCGUAUUUUGUUCUCAUCGUCGUUGGUAUCCUUGUCCUUGCCGGGAAUACGGGCUAUCCACUGCUCUUGAGGUUCUUUCUCUGGUGUAGUCUUAGGGUGUUGCAACUGACCACCGAGCCCAAAACUCUGGGGCCAUGGAAAGAGACGAUCGAGUUCAUUCUCAAGUAUCCCCGUCGAGUAUACACGACACUCUUCCCGUCAGGUGCUACAUGGUGGCUCUUCACUGUCAUUGUUACCAUCAACACGAUUGACUGGGUUGCUUUUGAAGUUUUGAAUAUCGGAAAUGAUGUUGUAGAAGCUAUGCCAGUGUCUGACCGUAUCAUUGCUGGAUGGUUCCAAGCAAUUGCUGUUCGUGCUGCCGGUUUCGCGGUCGUUUCUAUCUCAGGUCUCUAUCCCGCCGUCCAAUUGCUCUACAUGAUUAUGAUGUACAUUUCCGUGUAUCCUGUCUCGAUUACGAUGCGCCACUCCAACGUUUAUGAGGAACGAUCCCUUGGCAUUUACGAGGAUGACCCUCAAGUUUUGGAAGCAGAGAAUGGAAACGGAAACGGAAACGGAAAUGAAAAUGGAAACCACCUUCUGCCCACGAUCUCAGAGGAACCAGAAAAGCCUGCACUGCGACGAAGAGUCACAGCUGCAGCUCAAAAGACGGUCAAGAAAUCCAUGACUUUCUAUGGCGUUGGCGUGCGACCUCCGCCCAAAGGUCCAGACGAUAACUCUCGCAUCUCUUUCAUUGGACAGCAGAUUCGUGGACAGCUUGCUCACGAUAUGUGGUGGCUUAUCCUCCCGGUCAUCGUUAUCAUGAUCAUCGAGACCGACCAUUUCCUUGAACAACCUCUUGUUUACAGUGUUUUUAAUGUGUUGUUUGAGGUCGUUUCGGCUUAUGGGUGCGUUGGUUUGUCCAUGGGCUUACCAGGAAAAAGCUACAGCAUGGCUGGAGGCAUGCACCGAGGCAGCAAGUUUGUAUUGUGCUUGGUGAUCCUCAGAGGCCGACAUCGAGGUCUCCCUGUUGCGCUUGACAAGGCUGUUAGAUUGCCAGGAGAGAAGUUGGUACGCGAAGAGGAAGAAGACUCGAAGAUCAGAAGGACAAAGACGAUGAAUAGGAUAGCUAGCCGAGAGUCUAGAGUCAUGUAAAGUUGCACAUCGCAUGUAUACAAGCAAGGCGUUCACGGAUUUGGAAACACGAUAGAUUUGGGUUGACCAACGGAAAUGCAAAACAACAUUGGACGAAUAUUUAGACAAUGUUA